UCUGUCCAUUAAUGCCUGAAAAGGGGUUGUGAGUUUUGACAAGAGAAGUCAUUCCUCGUCGUAUAUCCUUCCGGCCACCGUAAAAUCUCACUGAAAUGGACUUGCAUGUAUUGGCCGACGCUGCCGAUGGUCUUUCCGCCAUGGAAACUGUGUCUGAAACUGUGCCUGAAGUUGGUUCUCCUGAAGAAGAUUAUGAAAUUGCUGAUGGUGACUCAUUGGAAUUAAGGACUUCACUCAUUUCAGAGGUUGAGAAAACCAACUCGAUUAUGGCUCGAAGAAAUCAAAGAAGAAACCACCCAAAUGACAUAACCGACCAUCGUUUCUUGCAAUUCCCACGAAGUCUUAACAAUGAAACUCGUGGCAAAUAUUUGAACACCUUAAGUUUACUGCUCACGAAAGAGAUUGACAUCGCACCUUCAUUCGACUGGGGAUUGGCAUCCCGGACUGGACUAGACGAACGGAUCCAGAAUUUUUUGCAAUACACCUACUUGGACGCGAGUGGUGUGUCAUUGUUUGUAUGCCGAGGUUGGGAAAGACUGUUCAAGAUUGAGGAACCUGUUUAUCGGGAAUUUUUGUUGGAGUUCUAUUCUACAGUUUCCUAUGACCAUAGGAAGACACCCGAUGACAGGACGACUUUUUCCUUUCGACUUGGUGGUAUGAGUAGGGAAUGCAGCGCAAUUGAGCUUGCCGUUAGAGUGGGAAUAUAUACUAAGGAUGAGACGAGGAGUGUCCACUUCCCGACAUUCCUUGCUAAUUGUGUUACGAAACAGCCGGAUGAUUAUAACGAAAAUACUUUUUGGGCUGAGAUUACUGGGGGAGUUUACAUACCAUCCUCUGCUCGGGGAAAGAUGAUUCAGUCCACCACUUACAGAUUAUUGCAUCGUUUGAUUUCUAUGUCUCUCACACAUCAUAAAAAUAGUGAGAGAGUGCCUUCUACAGAUUUGUUUUUCCUGUGGACCCUUAUUACACCUGGGAGGCACCUGAACCUCCUAAUUGCUUUAGCUGCUUACAUGGGGAGGAGGGCUAGGGGGCUUCGCGGGGAUAGCCCAAUUUGUGGUGGGCACUUCAUCACGCGUUUAGCUCGAUCAUAUCAGUUGUUGAUGAGGGAGAUCACGAGAUCUAUGGUGUUCUAUGAUAUGAGGCCGAUGAGUUUACAGUUGAUGGAGUCGAUGUGAGUACUUCAGCGUGGUGAGGAUGGUAUUAUCCGGAUACGACCAGAUGAUGUGGCUGCUGAGGAGGGUGUAGUUGAGUCAGCACCUGAGAGACGGGGGAGGCGUAGACCUGCUCCUCAAGGAGCGCAACAGGGACCUGAGCCAAAGAUAGAUAUACGUUACCUUGUUCAGCGCAUGGACGAGAGCCUUCAGCGCAUGUACGAGCGCUUUGAUAUAAUGGAGCGUAGACAGCAGUGGUAUAUGGAUGCGAUGACUGCAUUCUUUGCCCAUCACGGUUUUCAUUAUCCGACCCCUUUUCCUCCAACAUACCAACAAUGACAUAAUGGAGCAGGCACAUUAGGAACACAACAUGACGACGGGGAUGAUGAGUGACCUAGUUAUCAUUUUUAUGUUAUUUUAUUUUUGGUUUAUUAGACUUAGUUUUAUUUUUAUUUUGGUAUGUAUUUAGUUUAAAUUAGGACGUUUUAUUUAUUUUUGGUUUAUGUAAUUUUGUUUUCAUGUUGAUGCUCUUUGAUUGUUUUA